AUGGCGGGCGAGGAGCCCUCUGGGCCCCGCUCGCUGGUGCUCACUGCCCAAGACAGGGCCAUCGUCGUGUCCCGGCUGGCCCGCGCUGUGCUCCGCUUCCAGGACUCGUUCCUGUGUUCCGAGGGCAGCCCCGCGGGGCUCCUGUGCCAGGCAAGCGGAAUGGCUGUGUGGCUGCCCGAGGUGGUGGAGGACAACCAGAUAGUGCUCAAGACCAAGGGUCUGCCCUUCUGCGUGGCGGGCAUGGGCGACCUGCUGGCGCUCUUCCGCUGCAUCUCCUGCCGUUUUGCGUUUGGGACCAACGCCGCUGGAAGCAGUGGGCCCUUCUUCAGGUCCGGCCCCAGGCUCCACGGCAUGAGGGCCUGUCUCGGCCUCAGCUUUGCAGACCGGCGGCUAGAGGCGCAGUAUGUGCGCCAACUGGACGCCGCGCAGGCGCCCGCCGACUGCGCCUACUCGGCGCUGUGCGUGGUCAUGGCGGCGGUGCUGGUGUCCCAAGCCCUGGAGCAGGCAGACUUGCACCUCAUCGAGAGCGCGCUGGCCGCAAUGUUCUGGAUGUCGCUGCCCCUGGUGGUGUGCCUCAGCAGCCGCUCGCUGUACAUCUCGUACCGCAGCUUGUGGCUCUGCGCCUGGCUGCUGCCGGCCUGGUGGUUCAUGUGCCAAGCCGCCGCCGCCUACAGCCCGCACAUGCAGCCUGCGGCGCCGCCGCUGAUGCCACCACCGCAGCCGCCAGAGGCAGGCGCCUGGCACCACGCCCUCUCCGCCGCCACCCAGCGCUGCCGCCCCGCUGCACAGCUGAUAGUCAGGACGUCCAUGCUGCCCCUGCUGUGGAGCAACCUGGGGGCGCGGCAGGUGUUCCGCCGCCACUGGCCGCUCCAGGCAGCCUGCCUGGCGAUAGCCGCCAGCUUCAACGGCCGGCGCUGCAGCUGGCUGCUUGUCAGGCUGCCCGGCGUGGCGGCCGCAGCGGGCCGCUUCUCGGGCGAUGCACGGAAGAUGAGCAGGCUGCUCACCCCGCAGCUGCUGCCUAUGGUGGCAGCCCAGCUGCGGGAGGCUGGGUGGCGACUGGGCGCAGGCUCUGGGGGCACGUGCAGCACCCACACCGCCGAUUCAUCUGGCAGCUGCGCUGUAGCACCGCCCGCCUCCACGGCAGCGGCGGCAGCGGGGCAGGGCAGCCAGUCCGAGGCCCCGCGGCAACAGCUCGCCGCCUGCCUCGAGGUGCUGCUGUUUGCGCGGCUGCUGCUCUGCUACGUGGCACCCUGCCUGGCCCUGUGGCACUCGGAGCUGUCCUCCCGCCGCCACUUCCUGGACGCAUGCAGUGAGCGGUCGGCCAGGUCUGAGAGGCUGCCCCGGAUGCCGGCGUUUCACUUGGCGUGGCUGGCGCCGCUGGCGGUCGCCACCUGCUGGCAAGCCGCCGAGGCCGCUGUUGCGCUGGGCUACUGA